AUGGCGGGUUAUUCCCCUUUCAAAGACUACCUUGGAUUUUCUGGUCUAGUUUUCUCCGAAGAAACGAAAUCUAAUUCUUGUCGCGGAGACCCAUCUAAGUUCGAGGGCAAAGUUUCACCAGUGCAAGUUGGAGCUGAACGGACGGUUGUGAAAUCACCAUCAGUGGUCAGUGACCGUCCCCGGAAAACCUCCGUGUCUUCUGUUGAGACCGACGUCAGUGACGACACAUGCGCCAGUCGGGACAGCGACUCAACCUACAGCUUCUGCCUUCCUAACAUUCCCGAGUUCACCCGACCGAUUCUACCUCAGAAACAAAGCCGACCUGUGCCUACUUCUCCCAUUAAUUCCGAACGGUUCAACCCAAGCCCGUGUCUUGAAGUUGAAGAUCGAAACUUCAUUGGCACUGAUUAUGAUCGGGAAGACGUCUUGUCGUCUGCGGCAGAUCUCCGAAGCUCCCUACAUCGUCACGACGUCUCCGCAGCAGCGUCAACCGUGACAGGAAUGAUGGAGAAAUUGGUAAUGGACGCCGUGGAGAGGAAAAUGAGAGACACGGCCGAAAAAUUCAACCGUCCUACAGUUUGUGUUUUCUGUCAACGCAAUGGCGAGACAAUUGAGUAUUACUCUACUCAUGUUCUGAAGGACAACAGAGGCAAGGUAAUAUGUCCAGUAUUGAGGAAGUAUGUGUGUCCGAAGUGUAGUGCCACUGGGGAUAACGCCCACACCGUCCGUCACUGCCCCCAAUCCAGGACUGCCCUGUCCAUUGCCGAUACAUUCAAGACCCCUCGGACCAGUUCCGGCUUCAGGAAAACGACAUUCUAA